AUUUCCGUUUGUUAAUAUCAUUGUCAUGAUAUUAUGUCAAAUACCGAUUGCAGUUGACAAAUUUCACCAAAGGAUAAACAAUGUGUGAUAUGGAACUAUAACGGUGGUGUGUACAGUACGGGAUCAAUGUUGACAUUGUGUUACGCUGAUAGUGUUGGUGUGAUAUAAUCAAGCAUCAUCUAUAAUCAAGCAUCAUCGAUAUAAUCAAGCAUUAUCGAUACUGACUGGUUUCAUAGUGAGUGUUGUGUGGAGAGUUACGACAUUAAUGUGUGAUGAGGAAACAACACAGCACCAAGUCCUCAUGGUCAACUGUUUCAUGAGGUACUGUUAACAACCGACAUUGCCUGAAGUAGACAACAGAGACAAAGCUGUCAUGGCGAUUAGACAGAGGAAUCGAAGAAAAGGUACAAUGAAUGUACAGCAGGAAACAGCACCUCUAAUUGCUUCCAAUCCUAAAAGGAGCGCUGAAUACCCAAGCAAAGAUUCCAAAUGUGGAUUUGCCAAGGUCUGUCUUAUUUUCAUCUUGGCGUUGCUGCUCUGUGCCUCAGUCGGAGUUGGCCUCAUCAUCACGUACACCUGGUUCGAACAUCACGUCAACCAUGUAUGCCAUGACCAGUGCAGAUUCCAGCUGGUCGAGAGCAUUCCGGAGAACCUGACAUAUGCAGCCAAUGAGACGAUCCAUAUGCCCACAGACGAGGCGCUGAUGAAGCUGAUCCUUAGCGCUAAUGAGACCAUUGAAAUAGCAGCUUACUAUUGGACACUCCGAACUAACGACUUGCCGGAUCAUGACAACAGCAGCAGAGUGGGUCAGUUAUUGUUUAAUACACUGAUGAAAAUUGGAAAGGAAAAAAAGGUGAAGAUAAGGAUUGUACAGAAUAUUCCCGAUUAUUCCCACCCUCAGCAUGAUUCUGAGUAUCUCAAGAAGUAUGCACAUGCUGAGGUGCGCAACCUCAACGUGGCCCGUCUGGUGUCGGCAGGAAUCCUUCACACAAAGAUGUGGCUGAUUGACAGGAAGAGUUAUUACGUGGGCAGCGCCAACUGUGACUGGAGGUCACUCACACAGGUGAAAGAGAUGGGUGUUCUGGUAGAGAACUGCAGCUGUCUGGCGACGGACAUCGGGAAGAUAUUUGAUGCCUACUGGUACCUUGCACAGGACGAUGUGACGAUACCCGGUACCUGGCCCAAGUCUUACAACACUGUCAUCAAUGACGGAACGCCAGAAGUGGUCUCCUACAAUGGUGGCAAUGAUACCAAAGCACUUGUGUAUAUGUCUAGUUCACCACCACAGUUCUGUCCCGCUGGCCGCACUGGGGACAUCGAUGCCAUUCUAGCAGUCAUCAGAGCAGCAAAACGAUUUGUGUAUGUUGCUGUCAUGGAUUAUCUCCCCAUGAUUGCAUACAGUGAACCGAGAAAAUUUUGGCCGAUAAUUGAUGAUGCGCUCCGUUAUGCAGCCAUUAACCGUAAUGUGACAGUCCGGAUGCUGGGGAGUAAGUGGCCCCACACUGAUGAGGACAUGCCCACCUUCCUCAGGUCUCUGCUGACUGUCAGCGACGUGUGUUGCCCAGACAUCAAGCUGGAAGUGAAAAUGUUUGAGGUCCCAGCGUUUACACCCGCCCAGGCUGAGAUACCGUUUGCUCGAGUCAACCACAACAAAUACAUGGUGACAGACCAGCAUGCCUAUAUAGGUACAUCCAACUGGUAUGGUGACUACUUCAAGUAUACAGCUGGUAUAGGUUUUGUCCUAGCUCCUAGCAACACCAGCAGCAAUGACUACAUCCGCCAGCAACUUGAAGACGUCUUCCUCCGAGACUGGAACUCCCAGUACUCUCAACCAUUGGAGGGUGUUGCCCCGAAGAACUGCUCUGACCCUCGAUGCUGAUGGACACAGGCGGACAUUGUAACUGAAUCUCAUAGAUCUUCACACAAGUGCUACUUCUUCAUUUAGACUGAUGAAAAUGAAAAAGAACAAAUAGAAGCAUACAUGACAUCCUGCAAAACCUGAGAUUGUCUGACAAUUUAGGGACACAUGAUACUAAUAUUUCAUUUCUCUAACUUCUUUCACAAAAUAUUAAGUCUUUAAUAGAAUGGCAAGUCUACAUUCAAUUUUUGUUCAGGUUUUGAAAAUAAGCUCUUAUUGGGAUCGUUUGUAUGAUAUAUUUAAUGACAACUUAACAACAACAUUAUAGAGAUGAAAUGUUUCCUGUGGUUGGAGACCUUCCUUUGUAGUAUGCUUCCUUGUUUCUUUCAGGAUUCUACUGGUGCCAUAAAGUUAUAUCUCUAAACCUAUAUGAAGACAAAGGGUUAUGUGUUAAGGUAGUUAUAUAAAAUAGUCUGACAACUUAUUGUAGAAUCACAAGGUUGCCCUAAU